CGCACACUGGUGAAUGACACCCAAAAUGGCCAUUGACAAUCAAUCAGGGUCACGGCUUCUUGUUUGCCUGUUAAAAAGACUCAAGAACUUCGUGGACGCAUAAGACUACCUUGGUCCUCUACAUCCUGAGCCUUCACACAUCACAAGUUAAGCAUUCAAAUCAUGGUUGCUUCCCGUCCAAAUCCUGUCAAUCCUCCUCUUGAUGGAUCCCUGUUCCUCCCUGAAUUGCUGGAAUUCAAUGCGCAACAUAACUCGGAUGUCACAUUCUUUGUCUACAACAAACCUGACGGUAACGAGCUGGUCCAUAUCUCACAUCGAGACUUUUAUCGAGCUUGUCAUCGUGCUGCACAUCAAGUUAGACCGGAUCGUGCAGGCAUAGACAAAGAGGUGGUUGGCAUCAUUGCCAAUUCAGACACUCUCCUUUAUCAGACUGUGUUCAUGGGUAUCAUCUUUGCUGGGCUGGUUCCAUUCCCCAUAUCACCUCGUAAUUCAGCGGCGGCAAUCUUAAACAUGAUGCAGAAAACAAACUGUCGUCGUUUAGUCACCACUGACCACUCUCUUGGUUCCCUGAUCGAUGGAAUCAAAGCGGGUAGCUUAUCUCAAGGCACUAAUGCGAGCCAACUGCAGCUUGACAUGAUGCCAACGCUGAAAGAUUUAUAUCCCGUGCUUGGCACAGGUUCUCCGGACGAGAAUUUUCUCCCAUACCCUCCCCAAGCUUCUCGGUCAUCUCCGGACGAUAUAUUAUACUACCUACAUUCCUCUGGCAGUACUGGUUUCCCGAAAGCCAUUCCCACAACCCACCAGACCAUCAUUGGAUGGUGCCGAAGCUCAUGUGUUGUCGACCAUAUCAACGUUCUCACUCCUCUCCGCAUUGCUGCUGCAUCUGUUCCACCGUUCCAUACCACAGGUUUACUGAUCCAACUACUGGUACCCAUGGUAUCCUUGAGCAGCAUAUCUAUCUACCCACCUACAUCCUUCCACGACCCAUCAGCGGCCCCGAUAACACCCAAUUCCCAGAAUAUCCUGGAUUGCGUGCUUAAUACCAAAUCGAACGCUUUGUGGGCCAUGCCUUUCUUCCUGGAACAGUGGGUGUUUUCUCCCGAUGCUGUUGAUAUCCUCAAGAAUCUUAAAUAUGUGCUUUAUACUGGCGGUCCACUCGCUUCUAAGAUGGGAAAUGCCUUGGCGGAUGCAGGAAUCACUAUAUUCCCUCACUACGGCUCUACAGAAAUUGGGCCUGUCACUCCUUUAUUCCGGUAUGGAAUUGAGAAAAAGCUUUGGGACUGGCUGCAAUUUACCCCAAACGCCAAGACCAGAUGGGCUGAUCAGGGCGAUGGAACAUAUGAAUGCCAAAUUUUGACAACUCCGAUGUACCGAGUGUCAGUAGAGAAUCUCCCGGACGUCAAGGGUUAUACUACUUCCGAUUUAUUUAUCAAGCAUCCGACGAUUGAGGGUCUGUGGAAGAUAACGGGAAGAAAGGAUGAUGUAUUGAUGCUCUCGUCUGGGGAGAAAGUAAUACCAGCUCCUAUGGAAUGCAUCAUCGGGACCAAUCCUCAUGUCAAUGGCGUCGUGAUCUUCGGCCGUGGACGUAGCCAAGUUGGUGCCCUCAUAGAGCCGCGCCCGGGACAUGACAUCGACGUCAAAGACGAGGCACAGGUUUCGGAUUUCAGGAAUCGAGUCUGGCCCGAGAUAGAAGAAACGAACAAGGCAGGCCCUGCCUUCAGCAGAAUCUUCAAGGAAAUGGUUCUUGUGACGUGCCGGGAGAAGCCUUUGCCUCGAACUGGAAAAGGGACCAUCACUAAGAAAGCCGCCAGCCAACUAUACGAAGAGGAGAUCAAUGCCCUAUACGACAAGGUGGAGAGUGGCAGAACAGGCAUCGAUAUACCUUUGCCUACGAACUGGACUAUAGAGGACGUUGAGAGUUGGCUCAUGCUGCAUGCCGUUUCUGUGAACGCUGGCAAGGCGGUCGAUCCUGACAUAGACUUCUUUGCCCAAGGCUUUGACAGUCUCUCUGCGACAUUCCUCAGAAGCCGAAUCGUCAGUUCCCUCAGGUCGUCACCAGAUCGCGACGUCCAGGCUUCAGCACCGCAAAUUGACCAGAACAUCGUCUUUUCAAGUCCGUCGAUUCGCCGGCUCGCGAGAAGCGUCGUCCAUGUAGUAUUGCAUGGGAACAGUCCAACCUCGGUCGAUGUCAAGGUUGAGAUCGAGAGCAUGAUCGAGAAGUAUUCAAUGGGAUUCAAUGAAGGCUCUGUCGGAGAUGCCUCCGCCCCUCUUACUAAUGGACGCAGUCGAAAUAAUCAUGUGCGCGAGGAUGUAUCAUUGAUAUAUGCCUUCAAUCGUUCGUCGAGGGGCGAUGCAUCCAUUCAAGAACGACAGAAGAAUGGAUUCGUCGACCGCGGUUUGGAUGUCACCCUCCUGCAAUCAGAGAAACUGCUGUACAUAGAAACGGAUACUUCUAGUGACGAUCUGGGUUUGGAGAAGGAGUUGUAUCAGAAGAUCCGCACGUCCGUCACUGUCAUCAUUCACAACGCCUGGCAACUCAACUUUAACUUGGCGCUCUCGUCCUUCGAGCCUCAUGUUCGGGGAACACGCAAUCUUAUAAACCUGGCUUUGUCUUCUCCAUGCCAUCCAAAGCCGCGUGUAUUAUUCACCUCUUCUGUCUCAACUGCGCAAAGCUGGGAUCAAUCGAAAGGACCUUUCCCAGAAGAAGUACAGUACGAUGCGGGCGUUGCAGAAGGCCACGGCUACGGUGCGAGCAAAUACGUUUGUGAAAGGGUCCUCGUGAACAGCAAGCUGCCGGCAUGCUCAUUCAGAAUCGGACAAAUAGCGGGAGGACCUCCACGAGGAGCUUGGUCGACCACGGACUGGCUGCCGAUCAUCGUCAAGUCGAGUGUGAGUUUGGGUGUAUUCCCGGAAGCUCAAGGGCUCCUAUCGUGGAUCCCUACUCAUGCCGUAUCAAAUGCUAUUCUUGAUGUAGCUUUCGCAAAAGAAGAGCCUCCCGUGGCGGUUAAUCUGGUGCAUCCGAGACCGGUAGCGUGGGGGACGCUGAUGCGACCUGUUGCGGACGCCAUCUCUGAGCGCAAGAUAACAAGCGCCCCACUGCCUCUCGUCCCAUUCUCGGAGUGGUUCGAAAAGGUCGAAUCGAGUGCCAAGAAUGCAAGCGAGGCGAACAUCAAACGCGUCCCUGCUAUCAAGCUUCUCAACUUUAUGCGUUCGAUGUCUCGAUCAGAUAUCGCGACCAGAGCGUCUGGGGAAAUGCACUUAGAAGUAGGUGGACUUACCUCGUUUGCGACUGUUGUGGCCCAGCGCGUCAGUCCAACGGUGAAAGAGUUGGAGCCUCUGUCGUCGGCGACUGCAACGCAAUGGGUGGACUAUUGGGAGGCAGUGGGAAUGUUUCGAUGAAUAAUUACUUAAAGUUGGGAUUUUGGUGGAUUUAUCAUGUACUAAUACCUGUGGAGACUCCACAGCGUCGUUUGAAUGUUGCUCUUCCGGUCAGUUAAUCAUCCUACC